AUGCCCACGGGCUGGAUUCCCGUCAGCCACCCUCGAUCCCAGCUCAAGACGUGGCUGGCGAUUUAUGGCGGUAUUAAGCCUAAGCCGAUCAAGACGGUGAACAUUGCCAGCGUCGAUUUCGACUUGUACUUCGGAUUCGAUCUGAACAUGGGUUUGUUCGCGUACGUCGCUAAGCAGUUUGUUGUGAGCAUCAAGGGCGACUUGAAGCUGUUCUUCAAAGAACUUCCGUUUGACAACAGAAUCAACGACGAGUAG